AUGGACUCUUUCACCAUUUCCAAUAUACCUAGAGGAUCAAACAGGCUUUGGGUGCACUUUUCAUCAUUGUGCUUUAUAUCUUUCUUGGGAAUAUAUCUCCUUCACAAGGAAUACAAGGUUGUCCUUAUGAAAAGAAUUCAACAACUUCGUAACCUAAGGAAUCAACCGAGUCAACUCACUGUUCUUGUUCGACAAGUUCCUUUAUGCGAUGAACACAAAUCACUUAGCUGCAGUGUUGAUCAUUUCUUCUCCAAAUACCACCCUAAUGCUUAUCAUUCCUAUCAAAUUCUAUAUGCUGGAAACAAUCUUGAGGAGUUACCUGUUGCUUUUGUAACAUUUCGGUCACGUUGGGAUGCUGCCCUUGCUGCCCAAACACAACAACAUCCAAAUCCAUUAUUGUGGAUCACUCAAAUGGCUCCAGAACCUAGAGAUGUAUUGUGGAAGAAUCUAUCAAUCCCUUAUAAGCAUUUGGUACUUUAUAGAACUGGAGUAAUUGUCACAGAAAUUCUUUUCACUAUAUUCUUUGCUAUUCCAGUAACUGCAGUUCAGGGAAUAACACAGUUUGAAAAACUAAAAAAGUGGUUCCCUCCAGCCAUGGCUGUCCAAUUGAUACCAGGAUUGAGCUCGGUUAUUACAGGAUAUCUUCCAAGUGUGAUUCUUAGUGGAUUUGUUUAUGUUGUUCCUUUUGUUAUGAAAGGAAUGGCAAGAAUAGCAGGUUAUGUUUCAAGAAGUCAACAAGAACAAAAAGCUAGCAACAUGGUUUUUUAUUUUUUAAUGGGAAAUGUCUUUUUUUUAACCGUUUUAUCCGGAUCUUUACUUGAUCAAAUUGGGAAAACUUUCAUUCAUCCAAAAGAUGUCCCAAGUCGCCUUGCUACAGCUGUCUCUGCUCAAGCAGAUUUUUUUAUGACAUACAUUUUGGCGAGUGGGUUAUCUGGUUUUUCUCUUGAGAUUCUUCAACCUGGAUUACUUACAUGGGAUGCUUUAAAAAUACGUACAUGGGGUCGAGGAAAAAAGAAAUCCAAUUAUCUUUCUUCAUUUCCUUAUUAUAGAGUUAUUCCCUUUGUUUCUCUCUUUUUACUUGUUGGCAUUGUGUACUCCAUCAUUGCACCACUGCUUCUUCCGUUUCUAGUUGUCUACUUUCUUCUCGGAUACGUGGUAUUCAUUAAUCAGAUGCAAGAUGUGUAUGAAACAACAUACGAGACAUGUGGGCAGUAUUGGCCCCACCUUCAUCACCAUGUGGUGGUUGCCAUCAUUAUCAUGCAAAUCACCAUGAUCGGUCUCUUUGGACUAAAGUCAAAACCCUCUGCAUCUUUUGCGACAAUACCACUCCUUGUUUUCACUAUAGCUUACAAUGAGUAUUCCAAGUUUCGUUUUCUUCCUACAUUUUACACAUGUUCCGUAAAGGAUGCGAAGGAUAAUGAUGAAUUUGACAAAGAUGGGCCAAGUGAUGCUGCUUGUCGUGAAGCCAUAGAUGCAUAUCGUCCACCUUCUUUGCCUCAAGUGUGUGUUGGAAUGGAAGAAUCAACCUCAACACAACCGUUAUUAUCAUCGAUUUCUUAG